CCGCGAAACAAAGAGAUGCGCAAGGGGGCGUGGGCGGCUGGUCGGUGGGUAUAUAACGAACCGCAGCUCCAGUGCCCACCUCAUUGCUCCCACUCGUCCUGGCAGUGUCUUCAAGUCUUCCGCUCCUGCUGCUUCGAGGCACGUCAACAGCCCCCCCUCUCCAGCGCGCACGCAAACACUAAAGAAUCCGUGAGCCAUGAAAGCCUUCAGGAGUGUGAGUCGCUUCCUGGCGGUGGUGGCGGUGGUGUUGCUGGUGGUGAUGCUGCUGAUGGACGCCGCGGAGGCCACGCGAGGAAACAGGAGUGGGAGACGCGGCCGAAAGGGAGGCAGAAGGCUACCACUUCGAGGCCUAGAAAAGUGCCUUUGUGGAAAGAUCGACCCUCUUCCAGAAUGCACGGCUUGCUUCGACAAACUCAGGGACGAAAGCGUGACUGACUGGACCGCAUUUGGAACCUGCCUCACCACCGUCCCGACCGUUCCUACGCCGAGCUUCAACUCCACCUGCACCACACAAGCUUCUUCACGGAGGAACAGCUGAACAGCACCACUACCACUGUCAUCACCAUCAUCACCAUUACUACAACAUCCGCAGCGGCAAUACCAGUAGUAACACAAGCUGUGGGUGUCCUUUCAUCUGUACACUCAAGGGUUAGCUGACCGCAUUCUGACGCUCUUAAUGGAGAGAGAGAGAGAGAGAGAGAGAGAGAGAGAGAGAGAGAGAGAGAGAGAGAGAGAGUCGUACCGUUUCUCUUUCUCCUCUUCCACUUUCUCGUCUCUUCCUCAGGACAGUACCGUCGCCACUUAGGCAACGCAUCAUCUACAUUUCCACUUCGCGAAUUCAUGCACUACACGUGCUGCAUCUAAACCCGUCAGGAACCAAGAACACUUCCUCAGUCACCUGCAGCACCUCGAACACGGUCAGCUGUCACGGAUACCUACUACAGUACACCAUCUCCAGCAUCUAGUACAUUUCAGUCACCGCCAACACUCUCUGACAUGUUCAUUACUCAUCACUCAUAUAAAGGACACUCAGUCUGAAUUCACCAAAGCAUCACAACACUGUACGUUUACUUAUGUUUACGUUAAGUUGUAUUUCUCUGGUUCUCGUCUCUUUCUGGUGAUAACGUACUUCUUGAUAGCGUUAAGCGGUCUUAUUAAGGAAACCUACUGGCUCUGUGGGCCAGUGUUAGCCCUCUGGGCUAAACUAGGUCGUGGGUUCCAUCCUUGCUCAUGACAGUUUCUCGGUGGGAGAGGUAACGCUCCCCUGUGACUGAAGCUGGCGCCAUUUGACUGUUGUCGCGGCGCCGUAGCUCAACAUAUGUACAGUUUCGCUCGUUUAAGUAUUGUAAGUAUAAUGUAAGUGAUGUACAAUAAAAGACAAGACGAG